CUUUAUCUCUUUCUUUUAAAAUGCAAAAAAGGGUAACACUAAAAAGACCUACAGUAUGCCAUGAUGAGCAAGAGACGAAUGAAUAUACUCGCCAACUUGUUGCUAGUGCUUUAUCUUUACCCAAGUCCUCUAUGGUGAAGAUCACAACGCCUUCAAAACCACCUGUACAAGACACAACUCAAUCAAUUGAACUACCGCGUUUUCUAAAAUCCUCCUUGAGAACUCCUAAAUCUGCGUCGGCGCCUUGUUCGCCUACUUCAGGCAUGAAAUCUGUUCAAUUCAGUAAGCACAAUCUCGAAGAUAUUUGCCUGUUUAGAAAAGCACAAACACCCUUAGCUAUCAGUCAGAAAAAAAUCUUUUGGGCACAAAAUGGAUCAGAAGAAGAUGAUGAUGAAAGUGAUGAGGAUGAGGAUGAUAGAUUGACUCGUUCGCUUGUUUUUCCCAAUUGGUCUACUACUCGUUUAGCUGAUAUUAUCGAUCGAAAAAAUAAGUUAAUUCGCAUAGACAAGAAUUCGUUUAGUAUGGAUCAAGAUACUCUUAUAGGAAAAGUCUCUGUCAGGAAUCUAGACUAUCACAAGUCAGUGACGAUUCGAUAUACUUUUGACUUUUGGGAAACUAUUGAUAAUGUUCAAGCUAAUUUCUACCAAGGUCACAAGGCAUAUGACGUCUUUUCAUUCAAAAUCACUGUGCCAAAAAAUGCUACCACACUUUAUUUUGCUAUCAACUAUAAAGUAGGCACUCAAGACUAUUGGGAUAACAACGACACUCGCAAUUAUGAAAUCCAAUUUGCAACCAAGAAGCCAUUGUUAUUAGACAAUGUCAUACAGCCACAACCACAACCACAACCACAACCACAACCACAACAAAUAGCUUUUGAAGAUAAGCUCAAGUCUAGGUAUGAUUUUAGCCAAUCUAUCUCUCAAGUUAAAAAUAAUCCUGCGCCGAUACCUUCUCCUCCAUUCUCUCAAAAGACAUUGGCUAUGCCGAUUCCUACAAGACGAAAAUCAUCACCACCUUCACCUUCCUGCCAUUCCCCAUUGGCUACUUCACCUUCUUUUAUGGAUUUGAAUUCCCAAUCUUAUAUGGAACUUGUAAAUAAGUAUUGCUUUUACUCAACAAGCCCUAGUAGAUCACCCAUGUCUAUUAACGGAUAAAUAUAUACUCUUUUUU